CUUGUAUUGCAACUCAAAUGAAACAAUGGAUUCAUAUUUGAAAAGCACUUGAAAUGAAAUACAAGAGUUGUGUUGACAUCGGUUUAAUGUCGACACCAGUUCCACACUAUGUCUCACUUAAUGCCUAAACACUAAGAGUUAAUAAAAGGCAUAUUCUGUUCAAUGGGUUCCUCUCAAGAAAACACAUCAUUGGUGUCGAGUCUGUCGAACCAAUUGUUUGACAUCUUGUAUGAAGAGAGUCGAGGCAUCAAAUUCAGACACUACUGCCUUAUUGUCGUCUUUACAACUCUUCUCUAUAUUAAUACACUUAACGGAGAUUUCGCUUACGAUGACAGUUUACGAAUGUCUGAAGUCUGUUGUGUUCAGCAAUCCAUUGACGAUAGAGACGAGGCCCAGGCAUACAAGGCAUGCCGUUUUGCCGUCUCGUAUAGCAAAGACACAUUUGCCAUUACUACAUUAGCCAUAAGCCAUAAUCGUGCGAUCCGAACCAAUCAAGACUUAUUGCCAUCGACUCCUUGGUAUUCACUAUUCUUCAAUGACUUUUGGGGCACACCAUUGAAGUCAAGCAACACUCACGGCUCGUACAGACCGAUAACAGUUGUGUCGUUCCGAUUCAACAACUUAUUGCACGGACUCUCGCCGUUUGGGUUUCACGCCUUUAAUGUCAUUCUUCACUCUUUGGCUACUUUUCUAUUCAUGAAAUUUUCUGCACAAAUAUUUAAUUACCGAAAACGAAUUACUUUAAUAUCGGGGGCGCUAUUUGCCAGUCAUCCCAUACAUGUCGAGUCAAUUGCCAGUAUCGUAGGCCGAGCUGAUGUCGGCGCCGCUAUUUUUUAUAUACUUUCCAUUAUGUGUUACAUUAAAUUUUGUAAAUAUAGUGACAAUAGCGGCAAAACACAUAACACUUAUUUAUACUCAUCUCUAAUAUUGGCCACACUUUCAAUGCUGACCAAAGAGCAUGGAAUUACGGCUUUGGGUGUUUGUGCCGUUUACCACCUUUUCAUUCACUACAAACUCUUUCCACUGACACCCGAAACCAUUUAUGCCAUUAUAUCAGAAGUGAGUUUUGCUAAUACUGUGUUAACACUAUUUGAGUACAGACGCUACAAAUACCUGAGAAAAGGAGUAAUUCAUCUGCUGUUCAGUACAAUUAUAUUGAUUGGUAUUCGGGUGGGAGUAAUGGGAUCGACACCAAUGUUUGCUCCAUCAGACAACCCCGCGAGCGACAACCCUUCUGUGAUAAUAAGAUUUCUAACUUUCCUGUAUUUACCGGUUUUCAACUUUUGGCUCCUUUUAUACCCGCGAUAUCUAAGCUUCGACUGGUCUAUGGAAUCGAUUCCAUUAAUUCAAUCCAUUACUGAUUCGCGAAAUAUCAUUUCACUCGUCUUCUACUCAACUCUUAUUUUAUUAAUUAAAUUUCUGCUUCAAUACUAUUACAACAAGUGCUCCGAAAUGAAGUUAAUGAAUGAGUGGUCAACUGGAUGUGGUUGUGCUCCCUGUUGUUAUCAACACCAACAUCACCAACAUUCACACCAACACCAUCUCAAACACAUAAAAAGACCUUUUAAUCUCAAAUCUAAUAAUAACAACUCGUUGUGCAGUAGUAUUGAAGACUAUUACAACAUUGGAGGCACUAAUAAUAAUGGAGUGAUAAGUGCCGGCACUGGUCUCAACACCACUGGACCUUUAGAUGAGACAUACAACUCAACGAUGACUACAACUGAUUGCAUUACUAUGGCUUUGUCUCUACUGGUCAUCCCUUUCAUUCCCGCAACAAAUCUCUUUUUUUACGUGGGGUUUGUAAUAGCGGAGAGAAUACUGUAUAUCCCGAGCUUCGGGUAUUGCCUUCUCAUAGCCAUAGGAAUCGAUUCAUUUCUUAAGCGCAAAACCAUUAGAUUUGUCACAUUUAUUGCAUUAUCGCUACUUUUGCUA